AUUGAAUCUCGAACAUGAUUGUCUUUUAAUUGACUCAAUUUGGGAUUUUGAUUUUAUUUUCACUAUCGCGGGAAAGGAUUGAACUUCCUCUGUUUGAUAUAUGGAUCUUGAUCAUGGGGAUUUCAUGAUUUGGAAGCAGUUUUCAUAAUGUGGUUCGAUUAUUUUAUUUUAAAUGGCUGGAAGAGCUGAAAUCCGUACUAGCAACUCAGCACUUAUUGCUAUGAUUGCUGAUGAGGACACUGUUACUGGAUUUUUGCUGGCUGGAGUUGGUAACAUUGACCUCCGGAGAAAAACAAACUACCUCAUUGUUGAUUCAAAAACAACAGUGAAAGCAAUUGAAGAUGCAUUCAAAGAGUUUACAACGAAAGAGAACAUUGCUAUUGUAUUAAUCAGCCAAUAUGUAGCAAACAUGAUAAGAUUCUUAGUUGAUAGCUACAAUAAGCCAAUUCCAGCAAUCUUGGAGAUUCCUUCCAAGGACCACCCGUAUGACCCGGCUCAUGAUUCAGUUCUUUCACGAGUAAAACAUCUCUUCUCUACAGAGUCUGUAGCAUCUGGAAGGCGUUGAGGAUGUUCAAAUGUCCAAUUUACCAGGUUGCAAACAUGAUAAGGUUCCCAUUUUAAAGUUCCUACUGCUUGCAUUUCUGCACAUGGUUGUUUGAUAUGUUCCUAGCUCUUCCAUCAUUGAUGUAUUUUUCUCAUUAAUUUAUUUCUUUACUUCUUGAUACCGUUUGCAAUUUAUCAAUCAGAUCAAGACUUUCUGUCCUAACAAUUCCACAAUAAAUUGCCAGGUUGAGCUGAUCA